CAGGUGACUCUGGUUCCUGGCUACAGUGACUGUGGAGGCGUCGGCUUCAACUACACCGUGUACAUGCCAGAGGAUCCGGUCACGAGCGACCUGACCAGACUCACCUGCGAGCCUGGUUACAGAUGCCAGGGCGUCGACGGGAGCGACGUCUUCACGUGCGACGUGUGGCCCAGUCGCGAGCCUGUUCCGUUCUACGGCCAGUGCGGAGGUGGCAACUACGACGGCCAGACCUUCUGUGCCCCCGGAGCGGUGUGCAAGUACAUCAGUCCGAGCUUCUCGCAGUGCCUCCCC